UGCAGCUUUUCCGGAAUUGGUCCGACCGCUCUCAACCCGACCUUUUCCAGAGGACAACGCAGAGCCCGAAUGAUUCUCCCUGCCUGCGGCUAACCGCGAGCCCUGGGCCGGUCGUAAAUCAUACUAGAUUUACCUUUCGAAUCCACUGCGAUGUCGAGACAGGUUCCUGGGAUGCCCAAGUUGGCGCUUCAUCAAUAUGCGUGCCUCCGGUGCCGCGCUCGGAGAGUCAAGUGCGAUAAGAUUCUCACCGGUUGCGCCAAUUGCGCCGGCCAUGGCGCGCAAUGUGUCUACUCGGCUCGGCGUCCUCGAAAAUCCCAGAAGAACCCCCAUCAAGAGUCGCGAGUGCAAAGACCCCUACUACCUGCUUCUCACUCGCCUCCUAAUCAGGAGAGAGCCGAUAGCCUAGGCAGUGAUUCGGCCCAUGGAGAAGCCGUUGAAGGACUCCAGGAUGACCGAAGCGACGACGAAGACCAAGACGCACUUAUCCCCAGGGAGCUGCGCGACGGUUCGUUUGAAGCUACUUCGCACUCCAUUAGCUGGGGUAAAUUAUACAUUGGGCCCAAUGGGAAGUCGCAAUAUAUCAGCAACGACAGAGCCCGCCAAGUCGAAGAUAUAGCAACAGUACUUGCUGGAGACGAAGAUAGUUCAGGAGGUCUAACAUCGACGGAGACGAAAGGAAACCCUGCCGUGAGCUCUCUUCUGACUCCUUCAAGUGUCACUCAAAAUCUCAGAAGUUAUCACCCAAGCCCUGCCGUCAUGAACGCUUUGUGGGAGUACUACGCCGGCCAUGUAGACAUCCUAGUCAAGAUACUGUAUAAACCAGACGUAGAAGCUCUAAUUGCGCACGCUUCUAGAAAUCCAGAUGAUAUCGAUUGCUCCACCGAGGCAUUCCUCUUCGCGCUCUGGUUGGCCGUCGUUUCGUCUAUGUCGGCAGAGGAAUGCGAGGUCUUACACGGAAAGGAAAGAAUAUCGCUCAUUCGCAAGUAUCGAUACGCCCUGGAACAGGCACUUGCACAAGCUGGAUGGAUGACGACCCAAGAACUCGUCCUUCUCCAAAGCCUCACACUUUACCUUACUUUCGCUUCGGAGAAUAUCCGUUCGACCUGGAUUAUUUGUGGUAUCGCUAUCAGCGUUGCCCAGGCUAUGGGCAUCCACACAGACGGUGCCUCAUCUCUGGGAGCUAUUGAGACCGAAGUGCGUCGGCGUGUGUGGUGGACUCUCUGUUUGAUAGACGUCCGGGUCUCGGAGAACUGUGGUCUUGAGCCUCACGUGCCUUUGGCCGCGGAUACCAGGCUCCCAUUUCAUAUCAACGACUCGGACCUCACCUGCACCCGCACAUCGACGCAACUAUCGGGAAAUGUCUCCACAACACUAUCCCAGUCGCCCUCCGAAGGCUCUAGCCAAGUCAAUCCUGCACACUUGGACGUCUACCAGAUUCCUACUCCCCCACUCGACACCGAAGCUAUUGCUCCCAGGAAUGAGUUUACCGAAAUGACAGUCAGCCUAGUCAGGAUUGAAAGGACCAGAACCUACCUCAAGUUCACGCGACUGCAGCGUGGAGCAAGCCGAGAAGAACAGGAAAGUGUGAUAAACAAGCAAUUACGACGAUGUGAGGACGUCUACCUGAAGUACCUCAAUGAGCAUCUAGAACUCCAUCGCCUCUGCAGCCUCGGCAUUCAACUUAUCAUGAUCAGGCUCCGAGGGCUGUUGCAUGAUGCAUCGCGACCGAAUAACACAGAGGUGUUGGACGAACAACUACUGGAUUACAACACCGAGGUCCUCAGGGUGGCUCAUCAGUUGCCGGAUAGAAACCGCCCAUACGGCUGGUUCUUCCGGUGCAAGUACCAGCAAUGGCACGCCGCGGCCUAUAUCUUAAUUCAGCUUUGCAAACAUACCCGAGGCCCUGCUGUGGAUCGAGCAUGGGAGGUCCUAGAUUCAAGAUUUGUCGACCUGGAUCCUGAGCCGGAACCGGAUAGCCCGCUAAAGUAUUCCAGACCCCACAAUACCGAGUAUCCCAACAUCUUGUCAGGCCAGGAAACCGCUGCGGAUGCUUAUGGAAUACAGGCGAAACCAAGAUGCCGGCAGAACGUCCUGUGGCAGCCACUGCUCAGAAUACUCAAGCGUGCGCGCCAGGCUCGGAAGCAAGCUCUUACUCCUCCAGAGUCGCUCGACACUCCCCCCGCACUAAAGCCAGGGACAGAAGCCCGGCACAUGACUCCGACCGAGCAACUGCCCUCCGAAGGCCUUCUCAGUGACCCAUUCUGCGGCCAAAUACUGGACUUUGGCGAAGAGAUGAGCUGGGAGCAGCUGGACACCUGGGCUCUGAGUCUGCAGAAUGGUAGCUAUCAGCAAGGCAGAGUUGACUAUCUAACCAAUGAUGACAUCGCCCCUCUGAACUGGUGGUAACUUGUCAGCCGGACAGACGUCGCUCGGCCAACCAGCUUCGAGUUCUGGGCGCCUGCUCAGAUCAUAGAGCAUACGCUACACCGCGCUGUCUUGCUCUGCGCGGGCGAUAGUGGAUGCUGGGUCCUCAAGUCCUUCGCUCCUUAAUCCCCGGUCGAUCCGGCAUCACAUCUACAGUCGACACAUUCAGCUCUC